AUGGAUGGUAAGAAAAAGGCUGAAUUUGUGCGCGAUUUACAUGCAAAGGUGCAUGCUAACAUUGAGAAAUGCACCCUUCGUUAUGUGCAAAGUGCCAAUAAGGGACGUCGCAAGAUGGUAUUCGAACCUGGCGAUUGGGUUUGGAUCCACAUGAGGAAGGAAUGUUUCCCCGUUCAAAGGCACAACAAACUCCUUCCUCGGGGUGAUGGACCAUUCCAAGUAGUCGAACGUAUUAAUGACAAUGCCUAUAAACUUGACCUGCCAGGUGAGUAUAGUGUACAUGCUACUUUCAACGUUGUUGACUUACACCCUUUCUCUGCAGACGAUGAACUUGAUUUUGGGACAAAUCGCCUACAAGAGGAAGGGAAUGAUGAGAACUCAACCGGAUUCAAAGAUGGCCAAGAUUCAAGUGGUCCCGGUCUUCAAAUUCCAAAUGACCCGAUUACUAGAGCUCGAGCACGGAGGCUGAAAGAAUCAUUACAAGCACUUGUUUGCACCAUUCACAAAAACAUUGGUAAUGACUUGAGGAUCAUUGAAGGCAUUGAGUUCGAAAAGCUACCACGAGUCCAAUUGAUACAAGUGCAUGAAGAACCUAUCUCGUAG